UAAGACACUGUAGUACAAAAUUAAAAAAAUAUAAAAACAUGGAAUGUAAAGUAAUCUUUAGAUUUAAAAUGCGGUAAAGUAGUCCUGCCUUAUAUAAUAAAGUAGUUAUAUACAGGUUGUCACGAUAUCAAGACAUAUUCGACGAUUCAUGCAAAAUGGAGACAAUACCCUAUCAUCCAUUGCUAGAAGUUAGUGAAAAGGAGAUGGAAGUUGUUCGGAGAAAUCUCAAUUUAGAUGUAAACACAAUUAAAAAGAAUUUAGACGCUCUCGAAGAGUGGGGGAGGAAACAGAACCAUUUAGCUGAAGCAUUCAAAUAUUUGGACCGCAAUAUGCUAGAGAGAUUACACAUACUUGGAAGAGGAUCCCUAGAAAUGACUAAAACGAGAAUCGAUAAAUUGUUGACUACUAGAGGAAUGAUACCUGAGUUAUGUUUGAACAGAUCUGUAGAUGAAUUUAAAGAUAUUGCAGAAUCUAUCAAUUUUAUAAUGUUACCAAAACUGAAUCCCAAAGAUCAGUCGAGAAUCAUACUGACGAAGAUUAUAAAUUUGGAAAAUUUUUCUUUAUUAGCUUACAUGAGAUACAGUUUUAUGAUCUCAGAAUACUGUAGAAAUUUCGAGUACAAUAUGUCUGAAAGGCACAUCUUGGACCUGCAGAAUGUUAAAAGCGUGAACGCAAUCACGAAGCUAAAUCCAAUUCUUCUGAAGAAAGCUGAAGUUUUAUGCACUGCCGGUUAUGGUAUAAGGAUCAGCGGCAUACACAUUUUAAAUGCACCGUCGUUUGUGGACAAAAUUGUGUUCAUAUUCAAACAGGGGCUGAAGGAAAAAGUUGCAAAUAGAUUGCAAGUACACAGUUCUUAUGAGGAUUUGCAGAAGGAAAUACCCAAGGAAGUUUUACCAGAGGAUUAUGGUGGUGUACUACCAAGCUGUUCUAAAUUACAAGAACAAUGGGAGAGCAUUCUCAAGACGGAGGAAGCACAGAAACUAAUCGGUUUAUGUAAUAGGCUUGUGGCAGAUGAAUCCAAACGGAGUGCCUUUAAAUUUAACGAGGAAUAUUUAGGAAUGCCUGGCUCCUUUAGACAGUUAACCGUAGACUAACAAUAUAUAUCUAUUGUAAUUCAACUAUAAUAAUAUAACUAUAUACAUUUAAUUAUUAAUUAAAA